UCUCCAAAAAAGGCAAAGAAGAAGACAGAAGGAGGUGGUUCCAAUGUAUUCUCCAUGUUCGAUCAAACCCAGAUUCAGGAGUUUAAAGAGGCUUUUACCAUUAUGGAUCAGAAUAGAGAUGGCUUCAUUGACAAAGCAGACCUGAGAGAUACAUUUGCUGCAUUGGGUCGCUUGAAUGUCAAGAAUGAAGAGCUAGAAGCCAUGGUGCAGGAAGCUCCUGGUGCCAUUAACUUCACUAUUUUCCUGACUAUGUUUGGUGAAAAACUGAAAGGCACGGACCCAGAAGAGACCAUUCUGAAUGCUUUUAAGAUUUUCGACCCAGAAGGAAAAGGCCACAUAAAGGCAGACUACAUCAAAGAAAUGCUUAUGACACAGGCAGACCGAUUCAGUCAAGAAGAGGUCAGCCAGAUGUUUGCUGCUUUCCCUCCAGAUGUCUCCGGUAAUCUUGACUAUAAGAACCUUUGUUAUGUUAUCACCCAUGGUGAGGAGAAGGACUAA